UUUUCAGACACCGCACAGGGGAGGACAGGGUUAAUGAACUGAGCCGUCAACCUUGUGUUUCCUGGAUGGGAAGAAGCUACGUCGUUGAUAGUAUAUAGCUAUCUACUUCAGUCUCAUCCUCCUUCGCCUAUCUAGCCAAGGUAAUGUCUGAACCAGCGAAGGCCAGCUCCGGCACAAGGGAACCGAGGGACCACAGUCACCACUCGGUAGAUGGCCGUGCACUCUCUAACCAUUCAGCGGCAUCCGAUGGUCACACAUUCACUCCUUCCAGGGCGUUGGAUGACCACCAUGCACACUCGCACCAUUCAGACACAGUUGGUGGCAACGGGCAUACACACUCAGGUCUUCCAUUUGAUGGCCGUAUACACACAUAUAUUCCAGACAUGGAUGAGGACAGGAUCUACAUGGACUACAAUGCCACCACCCCGCUGGAGCCACAGGUGAUCCAGGCUGUUACUGAAGCCCUGCAUGAGGCAUGGGGAAACCCUAGUAGCACCUACACACCAGGUGUGAAAGCCAAGAAGAUCAUUACCCAGGCGAGAGAGAAUGUGGCUAGAAUGGUCGGGGGAAAAGCAGAUGACAUCAUCUUCACCUCUGGUGGGACCGAGGCCAAUAACCUGGUGUUCCGCAGUGCCCUGGAGGCCUACAGAGAGAGCUGCAGGGCUGCAGAGCGGAGAGGGGAGAGCCAUCACCAUGACAACGGCAGCACCUCCGCCUGGCCUCUCCCUCACAUCCUCGUCUCUAACGUAGAGCAUGACUCGGUCAGACUAACCACUGAACACCUGCUGAAGGACGCCACGGCAGAUGUGACGUCAGUGGCGGUUUCCAAGGUGACGGGGAGGGUAGAGGUGGAGGAUGUGCUGGCUGCUGUCCGCUCCUCCACCUGUCUCAUCUCUAUCAUGAUGGCUAACAACGAGACAGGAGUCCUGAUGCCAAUCAGAGAGCUCUGUCAGAGGAUCAGAUUUGUCAACAGACAGCGUCAACAUAGAAUCCUCCUACACACUGACGCGGCCCAGGCCAUAGGCAAGGUGCGGGUCGACGCCCUUGACCUGGGAGUGGAUUACCUCACCAUUGUAGGACACAAGUUCUACGCACCGAGGAUAGGGGCGCUGUAUGUGAACGGCCCAGGAACAACCACACCACUCUACCCGAUGUUGUUUGGAGGGGGACAGGAGAGGAACUUCAGACCAGGCACUGAGAACACACCCAUGAUCGCUGGCCUUGGAAAGGCAGCAGAGCUGGUGAACUCUAACCUGACUGAGUAUGAGACUCAUAUGCUGGAUACAAGGGACUACCUGGAGGAACGACUAGAGGCCGUCUUUGGGAGAGAGAGGAUCCAUUUCAACAGUCAUUUCCCUGACUCAGAGACCCUCCCCAACACCUGUAACGUGUCCGUUCUGGGUCCUGGACUACAGGGGAGGAAGGUAUUGUCCAGCUGUAGAAGACUUCUGGCCAGUGUUGGGGCUGCAUGCCAUUCACACAGAGGAGACAGGCCCUCCCAUAUCCUGCUGAGCUGUGGCAUCCCUGAGGAGGUGGCAGCUAAUGCCCUGAGGCUGAGUGUGGGGAGAAGCACCAGCAGGGCUGAGGUAGGCCUGGUGGUGGACGACCUGAAGAACGCUGUAGAGACGCUGCAGGGACUCAACUGAUCACAUUGAUUGAUUGAUUGAUUGAUUGAUUGAUUGAUUGAUUGUUUGAUCGAUCGAUUGACUGAUUGGUUGAUUGAGCUACAGACUGAUUGACUGAUUGGUUGAUUGAGCUACAGACUGAUUGACUGAUUGGUUGAUUGAGCUACACACUGAUUGAUUGACUGAUUGACUGAUCGAUUGACUGAUCGAUUGACUGAUUGGUUGAUUGAGCUACACAAUAUACACCUGAUAGUACUUUGAUCUGCUGUGUUACAAACAGUAAAUCAUUUAAAGCAAUACCUUGUAAAUUCUACAAUGAGAAUUUAUUUUGCAAAUUUAAAUAAAUUGUGUCCUUUGUGAAA